AUGGCUGGUACGGGAGCGUCUAGCCCAUAUAUCAAAGACGAGCCUGAAGAUCAUUUCUCUCCGUUCGGUAACCAAAGAUUCAUGGGGGGUAAUCAGCAAGGCUUCAACCAAGGCUUCGGCCAAUUUGGUUCGCAGAACGGCAGCAUCAAUCCAAACGAUCUCAACAUGGGAGGCAACGGCGGAUUAGCAAUUUCAAAUGGCCAGUAUGGCUCGUCAUUUCAGAAUGGCUUUGUCUCUCAAGCGCCGAGUUCAACAGCGAACUUUGCAAAGGCGGGAUUGGGCUCCUUCGGCGACGAUGAACUUCUGGACGAUAUGUCACCUUCCAUCGGAGCGCAUCCUAAUCAAUUAGGCCUGCACGGAAAUGGGGACUUUGGCAUUGACUUCAACAGUGGACUGGACUACGGUCAUAAUGGAAGUGUGGGAAUGGCCGUCAACGGCAAUCAGUAUUCGAAUACGCCCGAGGGAGAUCCAAUACAGAGCCCCUUUGUGCUAGGCAACUUUAACUACCUCCAACAGAGGCAAAAUAUGAGCGCUACGGGCCAACAUUUCGGUGGCUCAUUGCACUCACCAGCCUCCUACAACAGCUCACCGCUUGUUGGCUCAGAUCUUCACCACAGCAGACGGCCGAAUGUCCGACGGAACUCGAGUACUAGGGAACGCUUAGUAGGGAAAGCCGCGGCCAUGUCUCUUGGCUCUGGCGAUGGAUCGUUUCCAACUCCCAUCCGAACUCCAGUCCAUCGACACCAGAAGACCUUAUCUGGCCAGUGGGAUCAAGCAAACAGUCUCAAUUCUUACAAUGGCUCGGAAUUCUCCUCACCUAUCCAGGGCGUUCACCCAAACCCACAGAUAUCCGAUAUCCUCAAGACGGGUUCCAUGCCUGCAAAGCUUAACAACCUACACCAAACAAGCAGUGCUCCAGCUCUCCAGUCACAAGAGAUGAAGAGAAGACGGCGGAGAGAAUCACACAAUCUCGUUGAACGUCGGAGAAGAGACAAUAUCAACGAGCGAAUUCAAGAACUUUCUCAUCUGGUUCCGCUUCACCGUCUCGAAGACGAGAAAGUACGCAAGGCUCUCCAGAACAAUUCACCACUAUCUCCAACACUUGCUGGUCUCUCACAACCUCCAGGAUUGAGCCCUCCACAGGCUACGUCAGGACUGGUUCCUCCAGGAGCCCGAAGAGCCACUGCAGGUAAUAUCACCACUGGCAUUCCGAUCGAGGAAAAGGACAAGGGCCCAAACAAGGGUGACAUCCUCAACGGUGCGGUAAGCUGGACUCGUGAUCUCAUGUGGAUGCUUCACGUGAAGAUGGAGCAGAUGGAGGAACUCAAUCAAAUGCUUCGAGAUCGUGGUGAACAGCCACCAUUCCAGGAGUCAGAGGAAGAGCAACGUAUGCGUACUGAGCUGAUGGAUGCUAUGGUCAAGAACGAUGGUUCCAAGUUCCAGUACAGUCGAGGUCCAGGGACUGGUCUGAGGGUUCCAAAGCACACCGACGUCAAGGGCGAUCCACUGGGUGCUUCCAAUGGUCAGAACGAUACAUCAUUGAGCCCCGACAACCACAGCAGCGGUGGUGAUAUGGUGAACCAGUACUGGAGUGGUCACAACAGUGGCGGAAGUGGCCCUGGCUCAAUCAGCUUCAAGGAGGAGGACGAGUAUAUGGACCUUGCCCAGUAA